GCAAUGUUGACCUCAGCAUGAUUUCAACUCAGAACGUAAAGAGCCGGAAUAAAUAUCACAAAACAUUUUGUCCGACUCUUUCACUCCUCCGCCUUAAUUAAUAAGAAUAUUUCGUUUCUGAUUUAGGCAUAAGGCAAUCAAUAUUGAAGUGAGGGGUUUAAUCCAUCCCAGGUAGGAGAGAAAGGAAGUUCACCACGGCGGGAUUUGAACUCGGAAUAUACAGAGCCGGAACAAAUAACCCAGGCAUUUUGUCGCACACUCUACCGAUUCUGCCAAUAUAUCGCCUUAGUUAAUGUCUUCUAAUUAAAACUCUCGGCCAAUAAUCUUGAAGGUAGGAAGUUAGUAAACACUAUUCUCUCCAGUACUUGACUGGUGCUUUAUUUUGUCGAUAUCGGAAGGGUGAAAGAUAAAACUGACACCGAUGAAAUAAAAGACAAAGUUGACUUCAACUGCACUAAAAAUCUCCACUAAUUUAAUAAGAAAUAUUAAAAUGGAAGAAAGAAGAUUAAUGACAAUCCGAACGAUAUCUCGCUUAAUUCUCGCAUUUGUAAACGAGAAGUUGCGAGACUUCACUCCUGGCGCAAACUUCAAAGUCUUUUAAUGAUCGUUGCUUGUUGACAUAUUUUUUAAUUAAUUCAUCAAUAAGUGUCUGCUUAAAACAUGGCCAACGUAUUCGCCACCCCCCAUGUCGGCUCACCGGGGACUACAUCGAGAAGACUCAGUCUUGGUACUCCUGCCUUGCUGACUAACAAAGAUGAUGCUGAAGAGCUUCGAGAACGGCGCAAGUCAAAGUUGAUGGAGAUACAGAACAAACACUUGACCAGCCCGUUGACAUCCAAUAAAUCUAGUCCAAAGAACAGCAGCAGCAGCAAUCCCUUGAAAGGUCUCAGUGUGUCUCAGCUAACUGAACAUUACACUAAUUGUGUGAAGCUGAAUGCUGAAAAUAAAAUCACCACAAAGAAUGCAUUUGGUCUUCAUCUCAUUGACUAUAUGACUGAUCUUCUCAAAGGAAAAAAACUGGGAGAUUUUCAGGUUGCCGGUACCACACUGGAUGCCAGUGCCAAAAUCUAUGCUAGUCGGGUUGAUGCUAUACACUCUGAGACAUACAAAGUCCUCAGUACUUUGAGUCGUGGCAAUAAGAAGAAAAAAAAAGAUGAUGGAGAUGAGAACGGUGAAAGUGAUGAUAACAAUGAUGAUGAUGAUGAUGAUGGUGGUAGUGGAAGUGUAAAUGUCGCGAAAAAAGAGAAGAAGAAAAAGAGACGGAACACAUUAAUUGAAACCAAUCUGAAGAAUAUUAAUGUGGAAAAACUCGAUAUUGACUUUGAGAUGGACCCUCUGUUCAAGUCGUUAACUUCAUCAUUUGCUGAAGGCAACUCAAAUCUGUUGCUUAGUGCAAUUAGUUGUUACACUGAUUGCUGUGACAUUGUGCUCGAUUCUUCUUCUGUCAUCAAGGACAUUGAGGAUAAAAAAGUGCACAGCUCGUACAGAGAUUCAAUUGAUGUCGACGAUAUUAAGAAUCAUGUGGAUAAAAGUAAAUUCUUAGAUGCUCAGAUAUGCCCAACAUUCUCUACUUUUGAAUUCAAUGACUGGAAUGAGAAAGCUGAGGCGAUGAGGAUGAAUGAUGAAGCUAACCCUGAGUAUGCUUUUGAUGUUGAUGCUGAACUUGAAAAUAUUCCUGAUGGCUAUGAUGAUGGUGAUGAUUAUGCUGGUGAAGACAAUGAUCCAACUGAGGACAUGGUCGGUACAGCCAGUAACAAACAUGUUGGUGAUGGUGAGAAUAUCCUGUCUCUAAGAGAAUCAUCCCUACUACAAAAGACAUCUACGAACACAACAACUUCUCUGGUAGAUUUUCUGGCUACUGCCCCUUCAGAAUAUUCCUUCUUCAACGUGAAGCUACUACAAACCUGGAAAGGACCGACUCAUUGGAAAACUCAUCCCUUAGCCCGGUUGAGCAACAAAAGUUCUUCAAGUAAACUAGCAAGCAAAAAAGAAAAAGUUUUGUUGAAUUUUUCUGACAAGAGAGACUUUACUGAAGAGUUCCGGAAAGGUCGGAGUUGUGUUCUUACGAAAAAGAAGCUUGAAUCUUUGGUAAAAGAAAACACAACAUUACCCAAAAUUCUCGAUUAUGAAGUAUCGUCUUUGUUCUCUUCAUUUCUCAAACCCAACCUUCUUGUAAGGCGACAGGUGUGCAGUUCUGUGAACGCUGAUGACCUUGUGGGUGACUACGAUUACAACAACAGCAAUGAUAAAGAGAAUUACUGUCCUGCUUAUGACCAGGCUGGGGAUGAUGAUAACUGCGACGAUACUUCAGAAGAUUUGUUUGGGUUUAGUUGUGUCACAAGCAACAGCAGCCAGCGCUCUGACGGCAACUUAACAAACGUCGGAGGGGACAUGUCAAAACUGUCGACCCUUGAUGGAGAUGGUUUAAUUGCUCAACCGCACAAGGUGGCCAAAAUCAACAUCAAUUAUGCAAAAACAGCGAAAAAGAUAGAUGUCCGUCGCCUUAAGGAAUCCAUGUGGAAGCUACUGUCAUCAACUUCAGAAAACAAAGGACUCAAGUUGCAAACGCCUGACAUGAAGGAGAUAGAAAUUUGCCAACUUAUUACAACUGCAUAA